AUGGACAACGCAGAGGGCAAUCCCUUACCACGGAUCAUACUCCUGCUCAGCGGAAAACGGAAAUGUGGCAAAGACUUUCUAGCGGACGCCCUGCUUAAAAAGCUCGGAACGGAAGUGGCACAAAUAGUACGCAUCUCGGAACCCAUCAAACGACACUGGGCCGACUGUAUGGGGUUGAAUUUGGGCGAGCUUCUCAGUGACGGUGCGUACAAGGAGCGGUACCGCAAAGAGAUGAUUGAAUGGAGCGAUGCACGUCGGCAGGAAGAUUACGGUGUGUUUUGUCGAGCGGCGUGUACCACAAUCAAUCGGCCAAUUUGUAUCGUAAGCGAUGUACGGCGGAAGACGGAUGUGCGCUACUUCCGGGAAUCGUUCGGCCCGGAACGGAUACGUACGGUGCGGAUUGAAGCGAGCGAAGCGAUACGUGCGGAACGAGGAUGGCAAUUUCAAACGGGCGUUGAUGAUGUACAGUCGGAAUGCGAUCUGGAUGACUAUGGACCGUGGGAUCUGCUGGUGACGAAUGAGCAUACGGACGAGGUGGAAGCGUUGUUGGAGAGAUUGACGAAGUUGGUCAUGAGCUAG